CAAGAACAAGUGUUGGGAGGUCGUCAUCGUCAUCAUCAAAUUUCAACAAGAGUUUCCAUUUCCAUCUGAAUUGCAGGCGUUCAUCGCUGAUCGGAUCGGAGAUGGCGGAGCAGGUGGAUCCGGUUCAACAAACAGAAUCCUUGAUGGACAAGAUCCAUGAUAAGAUUCACGGCCACGGCAGUGACAGCUCGUCGUCUUCUGAUUCCGAAUCUGAGAAAAAGACCGUGAAGCAUCCGGCUUCGCAUUCAUCUGCGAAGUCUAAGAUUUGGCGGCUUUUUGGCCGAGAACGGCCGGUUCACCACGUUUUCGGUGGAGGCAAGCCUGCUGAUUUGUUUUUGUGGAGGAACAAGAAGAUAUCUGGUGGAGUCCUUGGUGUUGCUAGUGCUAUCUGGGUUCUGUUUGAAUUAAUGGAGUACCACCUUCUCACACUGGUCUGCCAUGUUUUGAUCAUUGCUCUUGCAGUCUCGUUCUUGUGGUCCAAUGCAUCAACCUUCAUUAACAAGUCUCCGCCACGCAUCCCAGAAGUUCUUAUUCCAGAGCGUCCCUUCAUCGAGGCUGCAGAUGCCCUGACAGUUGAAGUUAACCGCGGGUUGGCCAUACUGCGAGAAAUUGCAUCCGGAAGAGAUCUGAAGACAUUUCUUGUUGUAAUUACUGGUCUAUGGAUCCUCUCCAUUGUUGGCAGUUGGUGCAAUUUUGUGACACUGUUCUACAUAAUAUUUGUACUGCUGCACACCGUUCCAGUGAUCUACGAGAAGUAUGAGGACAAAAUCGACCCACUUGCCGAAAAAGCAACGCUGAAGAUCAAGGAGCAGUAUGCUGUGUUUGAUGCAAAAGUGCUGAGUAAAAUUCCCAGAGGGCCUUCGAUGAAGGCGAAGAAGAGGGAAUGAACUGUGUGGGGAGAGGCAUAUAUCGUUGCCGAUGUGUCUUUGGGCUUUUUUUUUGUUUUAAAACCUUCUUUUAAUUCAGCUUUUUCAUGUGUUCGUGUGUAUGGUUCCAUGGCGACGACUUGUUUCUGUGUUGUUACUCUAUAUGGAAGCAACUGUGGCAGAUUGCAGAAUUAGCUUUUAGAUUUAGCUGUUCUACUAGUGCAAUUCCCAGUGCUUUAUAAACAGAGAGUUUGUGUUUGUUUGUGUUUGUUUUGAUACAUAUAGUCUAGAAGGUGUGUUGUUUGGCAUUUCACCUGUUUUCAAUUGAAUUUUGUUAUGAGUUUUAUUUUAGUUAUGGGAACAUUUUGAUAU